GUAUGGCCUCACAUGUGCAAGUUUUCUCCCCUCACACCCUUCAAUCAAGUGCCUUCUGUAGUGUGAAGAAAUUGAAAGUAGAGCCGAGUUCCAACUGGGACAUGACUGGGUACGGCUCCCACAGCAAAGUGUAUAGCCAGAGCAAGAACGUGCCACCUUCUCAGCCAGCCACCACAACCGUCAGCACCUCCUUGCCCAUCCCGAACCCAAGCCUACCUUACGAGCAGACCAUCAUCUUCCCAGGAAGCACCGGGCACAUAGUGGUCACAUCAGCAAGCAGCACUUCUGUCACUGGGCAAGUCCUCGGCGGACCACAUAACCUAAUGCGUCGAAGCACUGUGAGCCUCCUUGAUACCUACCAAAAAUGCGGACUCAAGCGUAAGAGUGAGGAGAUUGAGAACACAAGCAGCGUGCAGAUCAUCGAAGAGCAUCCACCCAUGAUUCAGAAUAAUGCCAGCGGGGCCACUGUAGCCACUGCCACCACUUCGACUGCCACCUCCAAAAACAGUGGCUCCAACAGUGAAGGCGACUAUCAGCUGGUCCAGCAUGAGGUGCUGUGCUCCAUGACCAACACGUACGAAGUUUUAGAGUUCCUGGGCCGAGGGACGUUUGGGCAAGUGGUCAAGUGCUGGAAACGGGGCACCAAUGAAAUUGUGGCCAUCAAGAUCCUGAAGAACCACCCAUCCUAUGCCCGGCAAGGUCAGAUCGAAGUGAGCAUCCUGGCCCGCCUGAGCACAGAGAGUGCCGACGACUACAACUUUGUCCGGGCCUACGAGUGCUUCCAGCACAAGAAUCACACGUGCUUGGUCUUUGAGAUGCUGGAGCAGAACCUCUAUGACUUUCUGAAGCAGAACAAGUUUAGUCCCUUGCCCCUCAAGUACAUUCGCCCAGUCCUCCAGCAGGUGGCCACGGCCCUGAUGAAGCUAAAGAGCCUGGGUCUUAUCCAUGCAGACCUCAAACCGGAAAACAUCAUGCUGGUGGAUCCGUCCAGACAGCCAUACCGCGUGAAGGUCAUCGACUUUGGGUCAGCCAGUCACGUGUCCAAGGCCGUGUGUUCCACCUACUUGCAGUCCAGAUACUACAGGGCCCCUGAGAUCAUCCUUGGUUUACCAUUCUGUGAGGCGAUUGACAUGUGGUCCCUGGGCUGCGUCAUCGCGGAGCUGUUCCUGGGCUGGCCGCUCUACCCAGGCGCCUCGGAGUACGACCAGAUUCGGUAUAUUUCACAAACACAGGGUUUGCCAGCUGAAUAUUUAUUAAGCGCAGGGACAAAGACAACUAGGUUUUUCAACCGUGACACGGACUCGCCGUAUCCUUUGUGGAGGCUGAAGACACCAGAUGACCAUGAAGCAGAGACGGGGAUUAAGUCAAAAGAAGCAAGAAAGUACAUUUUCAACUGUUUAGACGACAUGGCCCAGGUGAACAUGACCACAGACUUGGAAGGGAGUGACAUGCUGGUGGAAAAGGCAGACCGGCGGGAGUUCAUCGACCUGUUAAAGAAGAUGCUGACCAUCGAUGCUGAUAAGAGAAUCACUCCGAUCGAAACCCUGAACCACCCCUUUGUCACCAUGACACACCUACUCGACUUUCCCCAUAGCACACACGUCAAAUCAUGUUUCCAGAACAUGGAGAUUUGCAAGCGUCGGGUGAAUAUGUAUGACACCGUGAACCAGAGCAAAACCCCUUUCAUCACUCACGUGGCCCCCAGCACAUCCACCAACCUGACCAUGACCUUCAACAACCAGCUGAACACUGUCCACAACCAGGCUCCCACCUCCACCAGUGCCACUAUUUCCUUAGCCAAUCCCGAGGUCUCCAUACUAAACUACCAAUCUGCACUCUACCAGCCCUCAGCGGCAUCCAUGGCUGCGGUGGCCCAGCGGAGCAUGCCCCUGCAGGCGGGAACAGCCCAGAUUUGUGCCCGGCCGGACCCCUUCCAGCAAGCUCUCAUCGUGUGUCCUCCCGGCUUCCAAGGGCUGCAGGCCUCUCCCUCGAAGCAUGCUGGCUAUUCCGUGCGAAUGGAAAAUGCUGUUCCCAUCGUCACUCAAGCCCCAGGAGCUCAGCCUCUUCAGAUCCAACCAGGUCUGCUUGCCCAGCAGGCCUGGCCCAGUGGGACCCAGCAGAUCCUGCUUCCCCCGGCGUGGCAGCAGCUGACUGGCGUGGCCACCCACACAUCAGUGCAGCAUGCGACUGUGAUUCCUGAGACCAUGGCAGGCACCCAGCAGUUGGCCGACUGGAGAAACGUCUCCACCUGUGAGGUGUCCUCCUCUCAGGCCCUCAGCUCCCCUCAGCGGUCCAAGCGCGUCAAGGAGAACACGCCGCCCCGCUGCGCCCUGGUGCACAGCAGCCCGGCCUGCAGCUCCUCUGUCACAUGCGGCUGGGGCGACGGCGCCUCCAGCACCACCAGGGAGAGGCAGCGGCAGACCAUUGUCAUUCCAGACACCCCCAGCCCCACGGUCAGCGUCAUCACCAUCAGCAGCGACACGGACGAGGAGGAGGAACAGAAGCACGCUCCCACCAGCACUGUCUCCAAGCAGAGGAAAAACGUCAUCAGCUGUGUCACGGUCCACGACUCUCCGUACUCCGACUCCUCCAGCAACACCAGCCCCUACUCCGUGCAGCACCGCACCGGGCACAACACCAAUGCCUUCGACACCAAGGGGAGCCUGGAGAGCCACUGCACGGGGAACCCCCGGACCAUCAUCGUGCCCCCCCUGAAGACCCAGGCCAGCGACGUGCUGGUGGAAUGUGACAGCCUGGUGCCAGGUAACUCAGGGCCCGGGCAGGCGACCUCGCUGGAGAUGGCCUUGCUCUCUGCUGCUGGCAGUUUUGUUCUGCCUCCCCCUCCUCACUUCCCCCUCCUCCUCUCCCGUGUGUCCAGCCCCCAGUGCAGCCCUCUCCUGGUGCUUCUCCUUGUCCAGGCUCAGCAGCACAUCACUGCAGACCGCACCGGGAGCCACCGCCGGCAGCAGGCCUACAUCACGCCCACGAUGGCCCAGGCUCCGUACUCCUUCCCGCACAACAGCCCCAGCCACGGCACUGUGCACCCCCACCUGGCCGCCGCCGCCGCUGCCCACCUCCCCACCCAGCCCCACCUCUACACCUACACGGCGCCCGCGGCCCUGGGCUCCACCGGCACCGUGGCCCACCUGGUGGCCUCCCAAGGCUCGGCACGCCACACCGUGCAGCACACUGCCUACCCGGCCAGCAUCGUCCACCAGGUCCCCGUGAGCAUGGGCCCCCGGGUCCUGCCCUCGCCCACCAUCCACCCGAGUCAGUAUCCAGCCCAGUUUGCCCACCAGACCUACAUCAGCGCCUCUCCAGCCUCCACCGUCUACACUGGAUACCCACUGAGCCCCGCCAAGGUCAACCAGUACCCGUACAUAUAGACACUGGGAGGGGGCACGGGCGAGGGCGGGAGCUGGGCGUCUGGCACUGAAGACGCCGCACAGCAGCAGUACAAGGGGCGGGGCGGGGACACUGCUGACACUUGAACUAGGAAGUGGGAGGACUGAGCAGAGAAGAGAACAUUUUUAAAAAGAAGGGAUUCAGGAGGGGAUCUAUGCUUUUUAUUUUAAAAAGAAAAAGAAAAAAAAGAAAACGUCGGUAACAAAAACACAGCUCAUGAACCCAUUCUGCACCAAACUGGAAAGGAGAAGAGAGAGCGAUGGAAGAUUCCGGAAGGGGGGCCAGUUUCUGAAGAACUUUGUCUAUGAACUUUUCAGAGGUUAUUUUCAUAUGGCAGCAAGUGACAUUUAAGAAUUUGCUGUCAGGGACACCUGAUAUGGAAAUCCAAUAGGUUUUUCAUGGUUGAACAUGAGGAUUAGGGAUUUUUCCAGAACUCUGAAGGGUCAACAGCCCUAGAGGUCAGGCCGCUGUGGCCUGAUGUGGGGGGUUGGGCUGUUCAGGCUCCUUGGGGGGAAGGGGGUGGCCAGGCCCAGGAAGCCCUCCCCGAGGGCACGUGUUCUCUUUCUGAGCACUCUGGAUAAAUCCCUAAGGAAGUUACUCCUCAAAUGUCAUUCAUAAUGUUUGUUCCAAACUUUAGUUUUUUCUUUCUGAAGAUUUAUUUUCUCUUUGAAUCAAUCCCUAGUCGCAUAGCAGGGCUGGCGGGCGUUGCCGACACCCGGUGGAAUGUAGCAUUCUGCACCCGUUUCUGCUUUGUGUUCAUCUCCCGUGAUACCAAGAGACUGUCCUCAGUGUAACUGCACACAGUGAUAGGGCACAGGCAUGUAACCAACGCGGUGGCGUGGCCCAGGCGUGAGCGAGCGCCUGUGCGUCCUGGGCGCGGCCGGGCUCCCUCCUGACUUGACAUCAUUCCCUCCUAGUGCCUUACGGAACCGGAGCGCGAGGGUUUCCUUCCACGGUCCUCCAAGCCGCUGGCGGGCGAGUCGGAGCAUCUCGGCACUUUUGUGCUGUUGAAACAUUUUACUCUGGUCUUUCCUCUUUUUGUUUUUAAAUUUUAAUUUAAUCUAAUUUUAGUA